AUGGAUUGGAAAUUUCUCCAGGGUCUUCUUAGUGGAGUCAACAAGUACUCCACUGCGUUCGGGCGUAUCUGGCUAUCCGUGGUCUUUGUCUUCCGGGUGUUGGUCUUCGUGGUUGCUGCCGAGCGUGUCUGGAGUGACGACCAGGGACACUUUGACUGCAACACCCGCCAGCCGGGUUGCACCAACAUCUGCUACGACUACUUCUUCCCCAUCUCCCACAUCCGCCUCUGGGCUCUCCAGCUCAUCUUCGUCACCUGCCCUUCCUUCAUGGUGGUGCUGCACGUGGCCUACCGCGAUGAGCGGGAACGCAAGUACCGAGUCAAGCACGGCGAGGACACUCGGCUGUACGACAACACGGGCCAAAAGCAUGGCGGCCUGUGGUGGACUUACCUGAUAAGCCUCUUCAUCAAGACCGCCUUCGAGGUCACUUUUCUCUACCUGCUCCACUACAUCUACGACAGCUUCAAGCUGCCCAGGAAGGUCCAAUGUGAUGUCAGUCCCUGUCCUAAUCUGGUGGACUGCUACAUAUCCCGGCCCACCGAGAAGACCGUUUUCACUUACUUCAUGGUGGGGGCGUCCGUCCUGUGUGUGGUGCUCAACAUCUGUGAGAUUUUCUACCUGAUUGCUUUCCGGGUGGUGAACCUCAAACACAGAGGCAGCGCCCACGCCUCGUCUAGAAAGAUGCCACCGCUCCACCCUGACAUGGACUGUGAUGGCUGUAAGCCAUCUCAUACAUCAUAG